CCUUCAACGUUCGGCGAAUCAGAUUAGAUUCCAAAACCUCUCCCCCAAAAAAUUCCGUCCCCCAUCCUCCCUUUUCCUCUCUGUUUGACAGAGCGGGAGGAAGAAGGAAACAGAGAAAGAAGAAGGGAAGGAAGGAAGAGAGAUGGGAAACAGCCUCUUCAGAUUCCUCUGGGGGAUCUGCUGCAAGCCCACGCCCACCCAUGAGCCCCAAUCUUUGGGUCACCGGGGAGUCUCAGCUCUCGCUCAUGAUCUCCUCCAUUUCGACAUCACAUCUCAGGUUCCAGAAGGGCUGAGCCCACAUGUGGUCUCCUCCAAGAAGGCACAGGCAAACUGGUAUAAGAAACUUUUGGAGGCAUGGAGGGAGGCAAAGCCACCACCAAAAACACCAGAAGAAGCAACAAGGCUUGUUGUCCAAACCUUAAAGAGGCAUCAGAAAGCAGAUGUGGAGGGCCUGUUGACUUACUAUGGUCUCCCACUGCCCCACACACUCUCAGAAAUCCCAGUGAUUCCAUUAUCUAGACCUGAAGGAGUGAAGUAUGAACUGCAAACGCUUCCUGUGGAUGCAAAAGCUGUUGCAGAUGGAGAUACCAUAACAGUGUACGUGGACACUGCUGAUGCAAGAGAGUCAGCCAAUGUUCCCCGAGGAGUACAAGAAGCAGCAAUCAAGAGGACCAAAGCCCGCGCUGCGAAGAACUACAAGAAAGCCGAUGAGCAUCAGAAAAUAAUUAUCGAUGGAGGAUAUAGGGUGAUAACUGGUCCGAAGGGCGAAGAAACCUUGGCACGAAAAUACCGAAUCAGACUGAGGGGAAUUGAUGCACCAGAGAGCUCAAUGCCAUAUGGGAAGGAGGCUAAGGAGGAACUGGUGAAGCUGAUCCAAGGAAAGCGUCUAAAGGUUUAUGUGUAUGGAGAUGAUCGAUACGGUCGUUGUGUUGGAGAUGUCUACUGCAAUUGUGCUUACAUACAAGAGCAUAUGCUGAAGAGGGGGCUUGCAUGGCACUAUGCUGCCUACGACCAACGACCACAGCUUGCAACGUGGGAAAAAGAGGCGCGUGGUGCUCGUGUUGGCUUAUGGGCUUCAUCAAACCCUGAGAAGCCAUGGGAGUGGAGAAAAGAUAGACGCAAUGGAGUGUGAAGACAAGGAUCUAAAUUGACGAGGACAAGAGGUAAACAAGCUUCAGAUUGUUUGAAAGCCCAAAGCAAAUAAGGGAAGCUUUGACAGUGAGGCUUGUCAGAUUAAGAGUCUGCAAACUAGGAAGAAAUGGGUGGAAUAUACUUCUGCUCAGAAUUGAAAUAUCGAAGAUACAUCAAGAGGAGGAGCAACUAAAAUGUAUUUAACUAUUUCUCUCUGAAUGACAUUAGAAAAGUUCAGAGCCAUGUUAUUUGUACUUCCGUAAUGAUCCAUUACAAAUGUAUGACAAUGAUCAGUAAGGACUAACAAAAGAAAUGCGCUUUGAUUUUUAUA